AAAUCUGAAGAAGAAAGAAAUGUCUUAAUUUUCGAUUUAGGUGGUGGUACUUUCGAUGUUUCCUUAUUAUCUAUUGAAGAUGGUAUUUUCGAAGUUAAAGCUACUGCUGGUGAUACUCACUUAGGUGGUGAAGAUUUCGAUAACAGAUUAGUUAACCAUUUCAUUGCUGAAUUCAAGAGAAAGAAUAAGAAGGAUUUAUCUUCUAACCAAAGAGCUUUAAGAAGAUUAAGAACUGCUUGUGAAAGAGCUAAGAGAACUUUAUCUUCUUCUGCUCAAACUUCUAUUGAAAUUGACUCUUUAUACGAAGGUGACGAUUUCUACACUUCUAUUACCAGAGCUAGAUUUGAAGAAUUAUGUCAAGAUUUAUUCAGAUCUACUUUAGACCCAGUUGAAAAGGUUUUAAGAGAUGCUAAGGUUGACAAAUCUCAAGUUGAUGAAAUUGUCUUAGUUGGUGGUUCUACUAGAAUUCCAAAGGUUCAAAAAUUAGUUUCUGACUUCUUUAACGGUAAAGAACCAAACAGAUCUAUUAACCCAGAUGAAGCUGUUGCUUAUGGUGCCGCUGUUCAAGCUGCCAUUUUAACUGGUGACACUUCUUCUAAAACUCAAGAUUUAUUGUUAUUAGAUGUUGCUCCAUUAUCAUUAGGUAUUGAAACUGCCGGUGGUAUUAUGACCAAAUUAAUUCCAAGAAACUCUACUAUUCCAACCAAGAAGUCUGAAACUUUCUCUACUUUUGCUGAUAAUCAACCAGGUGUUUUAAUUCAAGUUUUUGAAGGUGAAAGAGCUAAGACUAAAGAUAACAACUUAUUAGGUAAAUUCGAAUUAUCUGGUAUUCCACCAGCUCCAAGAGGUGUUCCACAAAUUGAAGUUACCUUCGAUAUUGAUGCUAAUGGUAUCUUAAAUGUUUCUGCCUUAGAAAAGGGUACCGGUAAGACUCAAAAGAUUACUAUUACUAACGAUAAAGGUAGAUUAUCUAAGGAAGAAAUUGAAAAGAUGGUUUCUGAAGCUGAAAAAUUCAAGGAAGAAGAUGAAAAGGAAGCUUCUAGAGUUCAAGCUAGAAAUGCUUUAGAAUCUUACGCUUAUUCAUUAAAGAAUACUUUGAAUGAUGAACAAUUCAAAUCUAAAUUAGAAGCUUCUGAAGUUGAAGAAGUUACCAAGGCUGCUCAAGAAACCAUUGACUGGUUAGAUGCUAAUCAAUCUGCUACUACUGAAGAAUUUGCUGAUCAACAAAAGGAAUUAGAAGGUAAAGCUAACCCAAUUAUGACUAAGGCUUACCAAGCUGGUGCUGCUCCAGCUGGUGGUGCUGCCCCAGGUGGAUUCCCAGGUGCCGGUGCUGCUCCAGGUGGAUUCCCAGGUGCUGAAGCUUCUAAUGAUGGUCCAACUGUUGAAGAAGUUGAUUAAAUGGAUUAAUAAGCAAAAACUAACCACUAGACAAGAUUAUUACUCCUAAUAAUAAUUUUUUCUUUGGGUAUUUAAAAACUGGUUUUAAAGGAAGGGAGUAGUAGUUUGGUGGUUAAAUGAAAAUGACUUAAUUCUUGAUUAUUAUUCUUCGUAUUAUUAUUUAUGUUUUGUUACGAUUCUUAUUUAUCUUUUAGAUUUAUAGAUUAGAAGUGAGAUCAGAAUUUUCUUAUAUAUAUUAUAAAUUAAAUUAUACAUAUUAUGUUAAUGAAA